UAAACAAACCGAAUUUGUUAGCAAAUUAGAAACUAUGAGUACAACGAACACCGCGGCAGCGUCCCAGGACGCCUGCUACAUAUCGCUGCUCGGCCUGGCCGAAUACUUUCGAACCUCCCAGCCGCCAAACGUGAAGAAGUGCAUCCAGUGCCUGCAAGCGCUCUUCACAUUCACGCCGCCAUCAAAAGUGGAAGCGCGAACGCACCUACAAAUGGGACAGAUCCUGAUGGCGUACACAAAGAAUAUAGACAUGGCGAGGCAGCACCUGGAGAAGGCCUGGAACAUUGCGGAGCCGCUGAUGAAUUUCGAUGAUGUGAAAUUCGACACUGCGUCGGUUUUGGCCCAACUGCAUCUGCAGACGGACCAGAGCUCCCACACGGCCAAGGCCAUGUUGCGGCGGGCGGUGGAACUGUCACAACACAACGUCUACUGGCACUGCAAACUGCUGCUCCAGCUCUCACAGAUCCAUGCCAGCGAUCGGGAAUACUCGCUCGCGUCCGAAUUGCUGGCCGUGGGCGCCGAGUCUGCGGAAGAGGCGGGGGCCACGUACCUGAAAGUGCUCUUUCUGCUCUCCCGAGCCAUGAUCCUGAUGAUAGAGCGGAAAACGAACGAUGUUCUGGCACUGCUGAACACCGCGGGACAAAUAAUCGACAAUAACAUACCUAAUCCGCACCAGAAGGAGUAUCUGAAAGUGUUCUUCCUUGUCCUGCAGGUCUGCUACUACCUGGCCCUGGGCCAGGUGAAGACCGUCAAGCCCAGCCUUAAGCAGCUCCAGAUGUCGAUACAAACGAUAAUGGCACCCAACUGGCCGACGGACGAGGCCAUCUUUGGAGCCAAUCAACUGGAGAUGUUUGUGUGGCUUCCGAAAGAGCAGCUCUACGUACUCGUUUACCUCGUUACCGUGUCCCACUCGAUGAUGGCCGGGUACAUGGACAAGGCGCAAAAGUACACGGAGAAAGCUUUGACACAGAUCGAAAAACUAAAGAUGCAGGAGGACAAGCCCAUCCUGUCGGUGUUCAAGGUGAUCCUGCUCGAGCAUAUCGUGAUGUGCCGCAUGGUAAUGGGCAACCGAGAGCUGGCCAUAAGAGAGAUAGCGGCCGCCCGGGAUGUCUGCCUGGCUGUCCCACAUCGGAGUCUGCUGAAGCGGCACUCGGCACAGCUGCACUGCCUCAUCGGGUUGUAUUCGAUGUCCACGAGUUUCUUUGAGCACGCCGAACGACAGUUUCUGGUCUGUGUGAACGAGACGACGGAGCGGGACCUGAAACUCUUUGCCAAUCUCAAUUUGGCCAUUAUCUAUCUGCGGACCAAGCGGGACGCGGAUCUGAAGCAAAUACUCGAUGCCGUCUCGACGGAGAACACGCACACGUACAGCAGCCAGGCGCUGAUGGGUGGCUUCUACUAUGUCCAGGGGCUGCAUGCCUUCCACAAGAACAGCUUCCAUGAGGCCAAGCGAUUUCUGAGGGAAACCCUCAAGAUGGCCAAUGCCGAGGACCUGAAUAGAUUGACAAGCUGCUCGCUGGUGCUCCUCUCGCAUGUUUUCCUUAGCAUUGGCAACUCCAAGGAGAGCAUGAACAUGGUGACGCCGGCCAUGCAGCUGGCCAGCAAGAUACCCGACAUACAUGUCCAGCUCUGGGGCUCGGCAAUACUCAAGGAUCUGCAUCGCAUGUCGAAGGAUGCGCAGCACGAGAAGGACGCCUAUGCGAAUCAUGUGAAAUACUCGGAGAACCUGAUAGCCGACCAGCGAAAGUGUGUCCAGAGUGCGCACCAUGAGCUGGUCAAUUGGUUCCAGGGCGAUCCGCCCGUAACGAGCGGUGCCGCCGCCCUCAUACUGUCCGAAAUACCCACCACCUCAGCCCUGCAGCCGACGACGGGGCAGCAGUUCGGACAGUUCUAUUAACGAUUCAGAUGCAAUUUAUG